CCUGUUCCUCAGCUGCUGGCUAAGCACGGCAAGGUCCGGUCCGGCCCGGGUCCUGGUGCUUGGGCAGAUGAAGAAACCAAGGGUUCCAGUGAAUUGUGUUAUUGCCCUGGUUUGUGGAAGAGCUAUACUGGAAACCAGGCCCAUGCACCCUCAGAGUCCAUCUUCCCUCCACCCCUCUGCACUUUUCCUCUGCUGGGAGUGCUAAUGAAGCAGUCUUAAAGUUUUAUUGAUUCAUUUGACAAGAACUUUUUAAAUCCUGCUUUGGGCUCGGGACUUUGUUUGAAAAGUGUGUAUAGGAGUGGAAAGGUGCUGGGUUCCACAAGCUGACACUGGUGAAUAGAAGAUGAGCAAACCCAUAACACCAUCAACAUAUGUGCGCUGCCUCAACGUUGGACUAAUUAGAAAGCUGUCAGAUUUUAUUGAUCCUCAAGAAGGAUGGAAGAAGUUAGCCGUAGCUAUUAAAAAACCAUCUGGUGAUGAUAGAUACAAUCAGUUUCACAUAAGGAGAUUUGAAGCAUUACUUCAAACUGGAAAAAGUCCCACUGGUGAAUUACUGUUUGACUGGGGCACCACAAAUUGCACAGUCGGUGAUCUCGUGGAUCUUUUGAUCCAAAAUGAGUUUUUUGCUCCUGCGAAUCUUUUGCUGCCAGAUGCUGUUCCCAAAACCGUUAAUACACUGCCUUGUAAAGAACCUGUGACAGCUGAGCAGAAUCAGAUGCCUCUCUUUGACAAAGACAAGGCAUUUGUGACACCUGUGCAGAAUCCUCAACAAAAUUAUACGCCACCGGACUCCUCAAGUCCAGAAAGUGUAGAAGUUAGUGAUACACGUUUUCACAGUUUUUCAUUUUAUGAAUUGAAGGAUGUUACCAAUAACUUUGAUGAACGACCUAUUUCUCUUGGUGGCAACAAAAUGGGAGAGGGCGGAUUUGGAGUUGUUUAUAAAGGCUUUGUGAACAACAGAACUGUGGCUGUGAAGAGGCUUGCUGCAGUGGUUGACAUUAGUACUGAAGAACUAAAACAACAGUUUGAUCAAGAAAUAAAAGUAAUGGCAAAGUGCCAACAUAAAAAUUUAGUAGAACUACUUGGUUUCUCAAGUGAUGGAGAUGACCUCUGCUUAGUAUAUGUUUACAUGCCUAAUGGUUCACUACUGGACAGACUGUCUUGCUUGGAUGAUACUCCACCACUGUCUUGGCACAUGAGAUGCAGGAUUGCUCAGGGUGCAGCUAAUGGCAUCAGUUUUUUACAUGAAAACCAUCAAAUUCAUAGAGAUAUUAAAAGUGCAAAUAUCUUACUAGAUGAAGACUUUACAGCUAAAAUAUCUGACUUUGGGCUUGCACGGGCCUCGGAGAAGUUUUCCCAGACAGUCAUGACUAGCAGAAUCGUGGGAACAACCGCUUAUAUGGCACCUGAAGCUUUGCGAGGAGAAAUAACACCCAAAUCCGACAUCUACAGUUUUGGUGUGGUUUUACUAGAAAUAAUAACUGGACUUCCAGCUGUGGAUGAACACCGGGAACCUCAGUUAUUGCUAGAUAUUAAUGAAGAAAUUGAAGAUGAAGAAAAGACCAUUGAAGAUUAUAUUGAUAAGAAGAUGAAUGACAUUGAUUUCACUUCCGUUGAAACUAUGUACUCUGUUGCCAGUCAGUGUCUGAAUGAAAAGAAAAAUAAGAGACCAGAUAUUAAGAAGGUCCAACAGCUGCUGGAAGAAAUGACGGCUUCUUAAAACUUUAAUAGGAUAGACUUUUGGCUUUUUUACAUCUAGUUAUCAAAAACGUUUUUUGACUAAAUGCUUUUAGUAAACAUUCUCCUUCUACCAUUAACAAGGCAGCAUGGUGCAGUGCAGUGGUUAUUGAAGCUUAUGAAGAACUCCCAGCAUAGAGAACAAACAGAAGGAGAGCUGCCAUAUCAACCCUUCGUCCUGCCUUCUCUGUGUCACCCUCAGUCUUGCAGUACUCCCUGGACGUCUUCUUGGAACCUCACCAAACACAAAUUGAAAACUACAGGACUAGCAAAAAAGAGGUCCAGACCAUAGAAUGAAAAGACCUUGGGCUGAAGCCCAGCUCCACUACUAAUUUUCUGUAAAGCCGUGGGCACUCUCUUAGCUGCUUUGAGCCUUGUUUGUUUUUCACCUGUAACAUUGGACCAAUACCUACUGUGCCUCUCUAACAGGUAGUCAUGAAAAUCAAAGGAUGCAGAAUGUUUACAAGUAGUUUGUAACUUACAAAGUGAUAUAAAAUUUUAAGUUUAUAUAGAUGAUUAUAAAAUUUUAUUACAGUCAUUUGUUUAUGGAGUCACGUUAACGGUGUUCUACUUUAAGCAAUUAGUCACCACAAGCCAAAUAAUCCCAGAUGACACUCCCAUGAUAUGGCCAUAAUUAGAUGUUAUAUGUCAAAGUGAAUGGAAUUUUGCAGAUGCAUUUAAGUUUUCUAAUGAGCUGACUUUGAGUGUUAACAGACAGACUGUGCUGGGUGGGCCUGACCUAAUAAGGUGAGCUCUUACAAGAAGUCUGAGACUCCUGUGGGCCUUAAAAAAGUAAGAAGGCCACCACCUUGGAUAAGACCUAAGAGUGGCCUCCAGGAAAUGAGACUACCUUCUUGGCUGUCAGCCAGCAUUGCAAACUGGGACCUCGGAUGUAUAACCACAAGAAAUUGAAUUUUCUAAGAGCCUAAAUUUGCUUAGAAGAGUACUCCAGACUUCAGAUGAUACCAUAGCUCCAGCUGACAUGUAAAUUUUGACCUUGUGAGACCCUCCGUAGCAAAUCUAGCUAAGCUGUGCCUGUACUUCUGACAUACAGAACUGUGACAUAAUAAAUGAGUUACUAUAAGCCACUAAGUUUGUGGUAAGUUAUUAUGCAGCUAUAGAAAAUGAAUACAGAUAUUCCUGUGAUGAUGCUCCCAUGGGGCUAUACCGUCAUGUUCACAGCUUCUGCCCAUACUCAAGGGGCCGAUGGGGAUUAAACAGUGUGUAUACCAGGGGCUUGAAGUGUACUGAUUUUCACUGGAUUUCUCAAUUUUCCUCAGUCCCUACUCUUGUUGUUUGUUAGUUUGUUUUACUACAGAGUGAGAGACCUCUGGAUAGUAGUAGUGAUAAAUUGAUUUUUUUAAUGACUUGAACUAUUUCUCCUAAGUUUAAAAAUUUUAAUUGGUUUAUAUUAUUUGAAAAUUGAUUUUUCAGGUUUGGAUGAACAAAAGGAAGUAAUUUACUUAAGUAUGAAAACUGUCUGAUAGAAAAGCUAAUAUGUAUAGAAGGAAUAACUAGUCUGUAAUUAUUCAUUCAAUAAGCUUUCUAUCUUUAGUUCUUUCAUUAACAUACUCAGAACAAGAAUAUAUAUAGUGAGCUACAGUACAAGAUGCUCGUCCUCUAUAUUGUACUGUUUAGACCCUCCAUGCUUUCCUGGGAAGCAAAAAUAGCACAUCUGCCUGGCCAGUGUGGCUCAGUGGUUGAUAAUAGACCCAUGCACCAAGAGGUCACCGGUUCGAU